AUGAAGCUCUCGUCUGUUCUCCUCGCCCUUUUUACUCUUGCCUCUACGGGGUUGGCAAAAACAACAUGCACUCCAAGCUUUGAUUAUUGUGCAGACGUGUUGACAAAGUCCAAGGGUUGGACCUCCAAGAUGUCCUUAAAGGAACCGACCUCGCCGAUGAGCCCCUUCAAAAUGUUUUGUUUCAUUGCACGAACCCAGGAAUUGUGGGACAUCCCAAACUUUGUCAGAGUGGCUGCAAAGAUCCAGAACAGGAAGGUAGCCACUCCUGCUCGG